AUGUAUCUGCAACCUCUGGAGCAGGGCAACCUGAACCACACUCCGGUGGCCUCGCUGGGCAAUCGAUCACCUGCAGAGCUGUUUACGGGUCUUCGCCGGUCCACUCCGUUUGAACCGGUGAUCGACAUACGUGAGAAGCGACGUCUCGCCAACAUGCAGCGCUCCAAGGACUCGCCGUGCAACUUCACCUUUGGUGACUACGCGCUUUGGUCUCGCAUCGACCAGAGACUUGCGGUGAACAAACUACUGGCUAGAUGA